UUACAUAAUAUAAAAUUAAAUAAAACAUGGCUGAAUCAAAAGAAACAAAGCAUUAUCAACUGAAAAAGAUUCGGAUCAAAUUCUAUAUUUUUGCUGUAUCAGUUUUUGUCACCUUUGGAUCUUUCGUGACGGUUAAUGCUCUGCAAUCUAGUAUUAACAUAGAGGAUGGUUUAGGAAACAAAACAGCGAUGACUACAUUCGGAUCAGGAAUCAUUUGUGCGUUGCUAGUUACUCCGGUUUUGCUACGGGUUCUGAAACCAAAAAUUGCACUUAUUGUCAGUGAUGUUUGUUUUCUUUUUUACGUCGCUCUCAACGCUUAUCCAUCACUGUAUACACUGAUACCUGGAGGUGUUUUUGCUGGGAUCGCUUCUGCUACAAUGUGGCCUUGUACGUCAUUAUUUAGUGUUUUCUUUGGAUUAGAACAUUGGAGUCACGCGAACAGAAUCCCUGACUUCUAUGUUCAGUCCUAUACGGCAAAAUUUUUCGGAGUCUUCCAGUUUAAUCAGGUGAUUGGAAACACAUUUACAACAAUCACGUUCCAACAAUCUCAAAAGCAGCAACAAGAAUCGUCUAAAACCGAAAAUACGGGCGUUACAGACUCAUAUCAAACCACUACGACCGUCUGGGAAAGAGAUUUAUCAGUAUGUGGGGCUAAUGAUUGCCAAGACCCCAAUAUAACUGCUCAAAACUUGGAACAAUACGUCCCACCGACGCAGCGAUCAUUAUACAUAUUAAUUGGAAUAUUAUCACUGCUCAUAGUUUUAUCAAUAAUUGUGAAAUCGAUUUUUUUGCCAACAAUAUCACCAAGUGUUGAGAUGCCCACAAAGAGAGAUUAUAGCAGCAGCAAUAACCACAAUAACAAUAGAAAAUUAGAUUCUGAUACAAAGGAUGAAGCGAAAUCUGAAAAUGGCGGUGUGGUUAACAAUGCAUAUGACAAAGAGAGAGAUGAUGAAACCACAAAUGUUGAUCAAAUGUCUGUUACUUCAGAAGCUAUAUCGAGGAUUUCAGAAAAUGAAGAGAGCACUGUUCACUUCUUGAAACGAACGAUAAAAGCAACUUUUCUGCAUAUCAUAAGCGUACAGCAAUUACUUGUUGCGGGCCUCACAUUUUAUGACGGUAUGGUGAUGGCUUUUGCCGCUUCGGAACUAACAAGAGCUUACGCGUCAUGCGUUUUAGGGCUGCCUCAGGUCGGAAUCGGUAUGAUCGUUUAUGGAAUCGGUGAUAUCAUAUUCUCAUUUAUUGUAGCAAAAACCCCAACUGCUGGAAUCUGGAGAAAUUUUCCAAUGGUUAUUGCAUUCAUAAUCGACACACUGAACUAUAGUUUUUGUCUUACAUGGGAACCGAAUACAGAAAACUCCUGGGUCAUAUAUUUAUUUUUCUUCGGGUUUGGUUGUGCUGAUGGGAUUUGGCAAACAUUAUUAAAUUUUCGGUAUGGAGAAUAUUUUCCUGAGAGGAAAGAUAUUGCCUUCACCGCAUGGAAUCUUUGGAUAAUGCUGGGAUUUUUUCUGCAAUAUACUCUCAGUUCAUACAUGUGUGUUUAUGAGAAGAUUUACAUGCAUUUGGCAUUGCUGGUAGCCUCUUUGUUUUUGUACGGUCUUGGAGAAUAUAGGUUUCUAACAAAGGUGCGUCCGACAAGGGCUGCGCCUGAAAUUGACUUGAAGACCGCACUUUGAAAUUUGUUAUCCAAUGUCAGAUUGUAUGAAAAAACGAUGAAAGUAUUUAUCUUUUGACCCGAGCUCUGGAUCAAUAACAAACAAGGAGAAUACAAUUUGGAACAGCAUAAUAUUCAACUACACUCUUAUCGUAGAAACAAUAUAUAUAACAUUUUCAAAAUUGUAUUCAUUUUUUUUAUUUGAUAACUUAAACAAAUAAAAAACGUGCCAUGGAA